AUGGCAUCCUCGGUGGGGUCCGACAUCUUCGCCUGCCUGGCUCUUUUGACCAUCUCAGUCGCCGUCCUGUUCCUCCUACGACACUAUCUACCUCUCCGAACCACUCCCGCUUUCCUCCUCGUACCAAUCUUCCUGGCCCUAGUCCUGCCUGCGAGUGCCCUCGUACUAGUCCCCAUCGAUCUCGCAUCGAGUGCGCGAGAAAGCGAUCAUGGCGGCAAAGGGAUAUGGUUACCAAAAAGAGCUGUUUUGGUCUCGUGGAGGAUUGUCUACUGGCUGACCUUUGUCCUGACAUGGGUCGUCCUGCCUCUGCUGGGGGAAUACAUGGACGCCGGGUAUCGUGAUCCCAAAUCCCGGCUGGUCUAUUCUCUGCGUUCCAAUGGCAGGUACCAGUUGAUUGUUCUCGUCUGCGCCAUCGCCGGUUUGGUCUACAUGAUCUUCUCCUAUGGCUUCGAUUUCACCGCGAUCAGGGCCUUGGUCAUGGCUCUCGCUUAUGUGUGGGGUCUAGCUCUCGCCAUCUACCUGAUGGGCCAUGGGCUAGUGUCCAUUCCGAGGAGGAUGUUUCGAAAGGCGGAUAUAAGUGGUAGCCUGCGCCGCGUCCAGGGCCAGGCGCCCAGAGUUCAUGAGAAGCUGGAGGACGCGAUUGUGGCGCUCGAUGAAUUGGAAGCCCAAGUGAUGCAACUCAAGCAAAGAAAAACCGGUAGUGCUCGAGAUUUUCAAGAUUGGAUUGAUGAAUUGGUCGACAUGACUGGCCAGCCUGAGAGCCGCGUCUUUUCUAAUGUCACCACCAUCGAUGCCUCUGCCAAAGUGCCCGCAGUUAUUACCGACCGAUACUUGGCGGACUUGACUCGACGAUUAGUGCGAGCUAAGCACCGACGAGCUAGAUAUAUCCGCGAAUGGGACAACAUUGUCCAGACCGCCUCAGAUCUGCAGGCUAUCCUCGACUCAAAGGCCUCUCGGAAACUGGAUUUUGGCCGCUCCACGUCACCCUCGCUCAAGCGGUCUCUCAUCACCCCGUCAUUGCGCUACCAUCUAUACGUCCACAUCAUUCCCGCUGUUAGAAUAGCUCUUGGAGCCGUCCUCUCCCUCGCCUCCAUCGCCAUCAUCUGGUCUGAAAUUAUUAAAUUCCCCGCCCCACAUCUCUCGGCCGUCAGUCUUACAGUCAUCCACCACCCGAGGGACAAGAACUAUCAGAUCGGCUUUGGCGGGCAACUCGUUGCCUCCACGUGGAUCACAUAUAUGUGCAUUUGCGCACUGAGCAGUAUGAACGACGUUCCUACAUGGAAUCAGCGAGCCCUGGUCAGGAGGAACACCUACGCUGAAUCCGCGUGCUGGUACGCCGGACAAAUUGCAAAAUUGACGGUACCAAUAGCGUACAAUUUUCUUACUUUCCUGCCCAAGGAUAUUCACCGGAAUUCGACGUUCUAUGACUUCUUGGGCAGGUUGAUCAAUCUCACGCCGUUAGGGACUUGGUUCGACUACCUGUUUCCUAUGUUCAUCCUUCUUCCGGUGAUUAUGACAUUAUUUAAUCUGUAUGGCAAGAUCAAGAAUGUACUAGGCUUUGGCAUAUUGGAAAUCGACGAAGCCGAGGACGAGAACCCGUCCGGUUUUGGGACAGGCGGUUGGCGCGAAGGACGGGAUCUCAUUGCGCGAGACCUUCAGGGAAAUCGACCAACCGCUACGUUGGGCAUUACAGAUUCACCGCGCACGUCCCUGGACAGGCCUCGUGCGGCACCAACCAGGUGGGUGCCUCCUGCUGAUCGAGCCGGCGCUGGCAGCAACACCACCGCCUCGUCAAAUACGACGCGCAACCCAACAUCGGGCAGACUCAGAGAUCGACCUACUUUGGAACCUGAGCCCGACGAGGAGAAUUUCUUCACGUUGUUCGGUAGAAGGGUGAAGAACACGAUUGAUACAAUCGAAACACCCAAGUGGAUGCAAGCUUCGCCGAGUCGAGGUGGAAGUGGCGGCGGAUUCAAGCGGCCGAAGUGGCUAGGCGGAUCAGGCAGUGGUGAAGGAGACGGCAACGACAACAACGGCGGAGGAAGUGGGACUGGGAGUGGCUCCAACAUCCUCGGAUUAUUUGGUGGAAGGACGCAGGAUGGUAGGAUCAUGAUAUAA